GAGGAAGAAUCGCGGAAGAGAGGAAAGGCUUCCUGACGGCUCAGCAGGCUAACCAGCUAACCAGCUAACCAAGAUAACAGUCUGUCUAACCAGCGGUUCAACCAGAGUUACAGGUUAGAUAGACACCCGGACCGAAGCAUCAAGAUGACAGCCGCACCUUACAACUACUCCUACAUCUUCAAAUACAUCAUCAUCGGUGAUAUGGGAGUAGGGAAGUCUUGUCUGCUGCACCAGUUCACAGAGAAAAAAUUCAUGGCUGACUGUCCCCACACCAUCGGGGUGGAGUUUGGGACGAGGAUCAUGGAGGUCCACGGUCAGAAGGUGAAGCUGCAGAUCUGGGACACGGCCGGUCAGGAGCGGUUCAGGGCCGUCACCAGGUCCUACUACAGAGGGGCCGCCGGGGCCCUCAUGGUCUACGACAUCACCAGGAGAAGUACUUAUAAUCACCUAAGCAGCUGGUUGACAGAUGCCAGGAACCUGACCAACCCAAACACAGUGAUCAUUCUGAUUGGUAACAAGGCCGACCUGGAGGCUCAGAGAGACGUGACGUACGAGGAGGCCAAACAGUUUGCUGAAGAGAACGGUUUGCUGUUUCUAGAGGCCAGUGCUAAGACAGGGGAGAAUGUGGAGGAGGCCUUCCUGGAGGCAGCAAAGAGGAUCUACCAGAACAUCCAAGACGGCAGUCUGGACCUGAACGCUGCCGAGUCAGGAGUCCAACACAAACCGUCAGCGCCACAGGGAGGCCGCCUCAACGCCGACAGCCAGCCGGCUAAAGAGGGCUGCAGCUGCUAACCUCAGACAGAAACUACAGACCCAUCAAACAGACAAACGGACAGACAGAGACAGAUACGUACACAGAGAUCCCCUUUCCUCCAGGCACUAACGUCCACCUUCUGUCCAGAGUGCAUCCAACAGGAUUUAGCUGGAUUACAUUUAACAUAACAGUGGCAUAGUCCAACCAGUCCAAUUCAGACCACAGUACAGUACCCAAUCCAAACAUCCUCCACCCAAAUCUACAACUAUCCAGAUUUCAGUGUGCCACAUCUGGACCAGCCUUGAAUCAGGACCAGUAUUGGACAACUCCCAAAUCCAGACCAUCCUAGACCUAAACUGGAUCAUUGUCUGCCCAAUUUAUUUAUUUCUUAAUCCUUCAGCAUAAAACCCGACCACUCUAGAUCCGGGGAUCCACAAUCCAGACUGCCUUCAACCCAUAUUCAGGCACACCUGAGCCAGACCUGGGCCAGUCUGGACUGCUCUAAGACCAGAAUAAGACAUCUAACAUCCCUGCACCAGAAAACCUUUUUUCCUAGACUGGAUUAUCCUCCGGCCACAGUCUCUGCCGAGUUGGGAGUGCUGUUGGUCCAACUCAAGCAAAGGUUUGUCAAAAUUUUGGACUACUUUCAUCCAGAAUGUGAAUCACCUGUCUCAAGAGACAAGUCAAAAUACAGAUCUCAAAUUUGGACCAACUUACAACUCAAAUCUGGGUUGCAUCAAAAUGGGCUGUCUUAAUCCAUAUCUGGACAUUACUAUGUAGAGAUCCAGAGUCCAGCCUUAAGCUGGACUGUCUCAUGUCCAGUUUGAGGCUGCUUUCAGAGCCCCAAACCCAUAACCAGACAACCCUUUUCCUCAAUGCUGGACUACCCUCCAGACCGCUUCUCUUCCAAGUCUGGUCAAGUGAGUCUGAUCCAAAUUUGGUACUACCCUGGUCCCAAAUGGGGAACACUGAUAACUCAGGAGACAAAGGUACAAGGCUCAACGUUUAACCAACCUACAGCCCAAAACUGGACUAAAGGGAGUUGCCUUAGUUCUUAAUUUGGACAUUGCAAUGGAGAGAUCAGGUUUAAGCAGGGCCACCCCAGGUCAAAUCACGAUUGCCAUCUUGGCAGGUUUGACCUAAAGGUAGGCGAACCAAGACUGUUCAAAUCCCACAAUAGGACAUCUCUAAGACCAUCAACAGACAACCCUUUUUUUCCAAGAUUACACUAGCCGCCAGACACAGUCUCUUCCCAGUCUGGAGCCCCAUCGGCCCGUAGUCCAGACUUGGUUGUCCCUCAAGUGUGGACUGUUGUUGUCCCAGAGACAAAACACCCAAAUCCCAAGAGACACAUAAAGGUACAGGACUCAAAGAACCAGACCAGUCUACAGCGUAUAUCUAAUCUACACCUUCACCAAAAUGCAGAUCACCCUAGUUCCAAAGGGACACCGCCAUGGACACAUGCAGAGCCCAGGCUCCAGCUGGACUGCUGUUACCCCACACCCAGGCCUACCUUUGAACCAAAGGUGAAGGUAGUCAAAAUUUGGAACCCCCUUCAUCCCAAAUAUGAAACACCCAUACAGUAGAGAAAAAUAAAGAUGCAAUGCCUGAAUUUGGACAAUCCUAUAGUCUUAAUCUGGACUGUUAUACAAAAAGUCGGAUUACCCAAGUUCCAACUCUGGACAUUCCUAUGAACAGAUCCAGAGCCUGGAUCUCAGUCCAAAUCAAGGACCACCUUCGGCCCAAAUCUUUAAAUAUAAAACCUUGAGGUUUAGUUAUAUUUGAUCUGCUUUAGCUCCAGGUCGUCCAAAUGCCCAGUUCUGAUGUUCGUUCUUUGAGAUAAACUUCUGGAUUUAAAUUCAUAUCUUUGUCUUAUACAUGUGUGAUACAUUUGUUGUUCAAUUACAAAAGUCUUUAAAAUUAAUGCUUCAAAACCAUAAAAUCUAUGACAGAUUGACCUGGACAUCUGAACUCGCCUCUCGGAUUCCUGAAAACAUUUCUUCCUCUGCUCACUUGUUCGAGUUUCCAAACACGCUGUCUGAUUUAAUUAUGUAAUCAGUUCUAUAAGUAUUGCCCAGGUUGAUAAUGUGGAUCAGAAGACGCAUUUUAAAGGUUGCUGUUGUGGUCAAAUGUGUGUCUGCAGGUUUCCAGCUGUGUUUUUACUCUAUUGGCUACAGUCCAGUCACCCUCAUCGGAUUUGUACCACUCAGCCUCAGAAAAUACUUAUCUGUAAUGUCUCCUCUACAGAAGCUUUCUUAAGUUCUUAAGUCAUAAAUAACCUUGACAAUGUACGUGAUUUGGCUUGAACUCCAAGACAAUGACGGAAAGCCUGCAUUACAAACUGGAAGUGGGUCACCAGGCAGGGUGGGUCUACCAAAAGUCGUUAUCGAGUGGCUUUACGGAAACUGUAGGAUCUUUGGUUUUUGGGCUUGACCCAUAUUAUGUACUAAAAGUCAGGCUAUCGCUGCUGCUUCAGGUUUGACCCGUAUUUCUUUAAUAAGUUCCCCAAUUUUAUGUACGUGCAAUACUAAAAGCCUGAUUGUGCUUCAGACAGACAUUGCAUUUGUCGUCCGACGAGGGCUGAACAAUAUGCAAAACAAAAAAUCAUCUUGCAAUUAUUUUGAUGUGCUGCAUUUAUAAUGGUAUUUUUACCUUUAUCAAACAAUUGCACUGGCCAUGUCGCAGUCUCGAUAAUAUUUUGUUGUUCAGCCCCACGUCCGACCACGUCUAAAUCACUGGAGCACCCCUUUAAUCCCAGCUGGAGUUAUGGAAAAGAUCUGAUAUAUGCUGAGUGUUAACAUACACUUUACAAGUCUUCAUGGGUCUUGGGACCUGAUCUGAAUCUGACCUGUGGAAACUUUACUUGAAUCCAAUGUAGAUAAAAAAUGAAUGGUCAAAAAAGAGAGAUAAAAUCCAAAAAGCACCUGAGGACAAUAAGACACUGGACCCAACCCUACUUGGGUCCUGGGUAAGGGCCCCAGCAUUAGGAACCUAGUGGACCCUUAAAGACCUAACAAACAGACAAGAACCCUUAAUCCACCCAAUAACCUCACCAUCUCUGCAAUUCCACACUUUGCCUUUUUUUAAAAAUCUAAAACAUUUGAACUAAAUAACUUAAUUUAAAAUAACUGAGAACACUGAUCACUCUGUGGAGGGAUGCAGCAGCUGAUUGAUGAGGAAAAACCGGCUUACCUGAACCAGAUCGUCAGUAUCGGUCCCUCUGUGGAUCUCAAGUUCAGGAUAGAUUUUUAUUCAAUUUUUUUUUUUUUUUUUUUGUAUUUUUUAAUCAAAUAUAAAUGCAAUAUAUUUUUGAUGUCACAGCUCCACCUAGUGGCUGUUUUUCACAUCCCUCAUGGUUAAGUGUGUGUGUUGAGGGAAGGAAAAUGACACAAGUGGAGGCGAUGCAGAUUCUUUUAAUUUAUUACUUCCUGGUUUUGUUUAUUUUAGUUUUCUGUUUAACAUUCGGCCGGGUUACAGUUUACUUGAAUGCAUCACUAUGAUUUCUGGUUCAUUACGACUAAAUUGUUGCUUAAACUGAAUAUUGGUUAAUGCUACAAAAAUUAGGAGACAAAGUAUUUGUGCAUCAGAGUUUGAAAAAAAUUGUACAGAUAUCUUAAGGAACAUUUUGGAUAUGAAAUUAUAAGUGAGAUCUGGAUCCAAAUGCCAGAGCCUUGAUAUCCUGAAGUGCUGUGAAGUUUCCUUCAGUCAUCAACGUUUAUACGUUGAACUAUUUCAUGGCGUUUAUCGUGUGAUCCUGAACCAGUUCUCUCAGACUAACUGGGUCGGUCAGUAAAUUUUGUUCCUUAAAAAGCAUUCCAGCACUAACAGGGUUACAACAGAAACACAGACAGUCCAGCUCUGCUAAACUUUAUUUUACCUUUUUUUUAUAUAUAUAUAUAUAUAUAUAUAUUUUAAAGUUGCACAUGUAAUUUUAUUCAUUUGAUGCAGUUUCAAAAACAAAUAGGUUAUUGCAGCUUUGACCUGAUGAUUCAACUUUAUGAUGGAUUAAAGAUCAGAUUUACACUAAAUGAAUUAACUGUCCAGUAGCUCUCCAGCAGGGAAACGCACUGUAUACAAAUAUAAAGUAAUAUACAGUAUACUGCUUUAACACCAGGGCAGAUGUUGAGAUUUAAAAGAAAAACUAAGUGUGAGAAUUGUUUUCUCUUAUAAGUGACAAACAUCAAACAGACUAUCUGAUGAGUCAAAGUAUUUAUUAUUAUAUGAUAAACUGAGUUAACAAAUCAAAAUUUAAAAACAAUGAAUAUCAAUAAAUUAGCGGAUAAAUUAAAAUUGUUUUGUUUGUUGUCCCAAGUUUUCUCAGCGAACAAAUACAUUAAAUACAUUUCUGCCAUGUUUUAUUUCCAUGUUACAAUAAUGGGUAAUGUUAUGUUUGAUGUCAAUGAAGAAACAUGCUCAAAGAAACAACCAAAUAAAAUGAGCCACUAGAAAUUAAAUGUAAAUUUUUAAAUUAAUUUUAAAGAAAAGAAAAAAAAACAAACAGGAAAACUUCAGAAUGAUAAAAAUAUAAACAUAUUAAUGUGAAAUCAUGAUAUUGACAAAAACAUUUUUGACUUACCUUUUGUAUUUUAAUUUUUAUCACUUAUAUUUUCCUAAGUUUUUUUUCCUGUUAGUGGAAAUACAUUUAUCUUUUACAAAAAAAAAAAGGAAAACUUCAAAUAUUUUGAAAUAAAAAGUUAUUUGACUUUAAAUUUAUUUGUGUUAGAAAUGAUUGUUCACAGUUUAGAGGAAACAAACAAAUAAAUUAUUUAAAUCAGUUUGUGUUUACUAUUGAUUCAGCAGAUAACUCUUCAGUGAUGUUUGUCUCCUCUGCGACUGUCUCAUGGAAACAGUGAUUUUCCUGCCCUGUUCGUUUCGAUCUCCCCGUCCGUGGUGCAAAGGUUCAGGAUCUGGUCUGGUGAUCCCGUGUACAUAUCCAGUGUUUUCAGUUUUAAACCAGAGUAACCUGCUGUGGGCGUGUCCAGACUUCACCAAGGAGUCCUGGACCACUUCAACACACAAUCUGGUUUCUAACUGUGUCCAGAUCUGUCUGAUGGGGAGAAAUCAGUGUGAUUUUACUCUUCGCUGUCCUCUGAUUGGUGGACAGCUGCCUUCUUUAACUGUGAUGCUUGAUUUAUGAAUGAAACCCCUCCCUCACUGUAAAAAAAACAAAACAUCUGACUUCCAAGUUUUCAGGCAUUUUGUUGCUUUUUCAUCAUUUAAUAACCUGCACGUUGCGUCUGCACUGGGGGUGUUUUUUAAUGAAAGAAGGAUUCGUUCAUUUCCUUGUUUUUGAAAUUUAACUCAAAGAUUUUAACAAGUGUCCAGGACCAAAGGGUCUCAAAAAUCAACAGGAAGUCACUGGAUUCAUAAAGAAAAACACGUUUUAUUAUGACGAACGCCUUAAGCUUCCCUCACCAAAGGAAAACGCAAGCAUUUCAUUUAAAAAAUAAAACAAAAAAAAACAAGUUAGUUAAUACAGAACAGGAGACAGAUUUCUGCCUGUUUACAGCAGUGCCAGCAGGAGGCAGUGUUGUCGCAGCGCAGUCACUAAUACAUCAUGAAUUCAGUUUAAAGAUGUUUUCUCUGAUUUUAUUCCAGUGUUGCCAAAUUCCUAAAUGUAAUCAGUGACCUGGGAGUAAAAUAUUAUCAAAAAAGAGAAAGUUUAUCUUUAAAUAAAUAAACAGCUACAUUUCUUUUUAUGAAGAUAAAACCUUGGAAGAGAACAAGUUUUCGAAUGAUUCAGUAUAGUGCAGCAGAUAACUGGAAUAAUCUUUCAAAUACAAGCACCAAAAUUGAUAUGUUUAUCCCUCUGGGGCCAUUAAUUUGAAAAAUCGCAUUAACCACUUGAAAUUGGCUAACUAGCUAGCGCUAGACUAGUUAGCGAGCUUUUUUGCUGAAAUAUUUACAUUUCAUUUUUGUUUUUACAGUGUAUUCAAUUUUGCCCUCUACAUUGUAGACACCUAGAUUAUUCUUAACUUAACAUUAACAUUCUCUUAACUUGGCGCAAAAAGUAAGAUUUCUUUCCGGAAAUAGUGGCCAUCUUGACUCUUUGAGUGGCCAAUGUACUCUAUCAAAAGAUUAAUACCCAAAAAGGAUUUGUGCAAAGAUUAGCAUUUGUGUCCACAUUUGAAAGAUUUUUCUGAAAUGUGCAGUUAUCUGCUACGCUAGUAUGUUUAAAGCAAAAACAGUGUUUGAAAUGAUGAUAGUGAUCAGUCAGAUGGGGGCGCUGUAAUCAGGCUGAACAAUGAUGCGCUCGCUGAUGUAAACGUGCUCUUUACAUUUUAUUGUUAUGUUUGUUCUGUACUGUCUGUUGAUUUUCUUUCUGCUAAAGUAACAUGCUUCUUAUGAUUCUUUGACUAUUUAUAUUGGUAAUCUGUAAUGAUUUUCUUCCGCUGUACCUGUUCAUUGUACGACCAUGGGGAUUCAGUUAUUUGUAAAUAAAGUAUAUAUACUGUAUCUACA